AUGAACGGCUAUCCCUACCCCACCCGGCCCUUCACCCAGCCGCCCAAUGGGAACAUGAUGAUGGACAUCAACGGGGACGGCAUGAACAACUACGACAUGGUCGAGGGCCAGUCGCUCGACUCGAUAGUCGCCCAAAACGACAAGGACAACCGCCGCCGCAGCAUGCCCGUCUUUACAUGGAAAGAGUUCCAGUUCGACAUGUCGACUGCCGCCAUGGACAACAUGAUGCGCGGCAACACCACCUUUCCACGCACCUCCGCCGACAUGCAAAACGACCGCUUACCCGCUGCUGACCUGACCAUCAACAGCCAGUUCCAAGGCCAAACGUCGCCUUUUCCAUCCAUCGGCGGCAGGUCCAGCUUCCUCGGCCGUACCCCUAGCCAGGACCAAGUCAGCAUGCGGUCAAAUUCCAGGCCCCAGAGCGACCCGCACUCGUCCAAUAGCGUGCCAACGCGCAUGACCCUGGCUUCGCUGCAGAAUCAGCAGCCCAUCGGACAAGACCCCGCCCAGGAUCUGCCAAAGGAAGUGAUGAACAAGCAGCUGCAGGACUUCAAGAUCCCCUGGCCGACACCGGCUGGCGGGUUUCCGUCGACCAAGCAUCAAAACCCUCACCAGAAAACCCAAUUUAAAAAUGCCUACUCCUCAACCGGCUUUGACAUGCUCGGAGUGCUGAUGCGUGUCGCAUCACGCCCUGAACCACAGAUCGACAUCGGGUCUGUCGAUCUCUCGUGCGCUUUCGUAGUUUGUGAUGCUGAACUGGACGACAUACCUAUCGUGUACUGCUCGGAGAACUUUGAGCGACUGACAGGCUACACAAGACAUAUGAUUCUCGGGCGAAAUUGCCGCUUUCUUCAGGCCCCAGACGGCAAGGUCGAAUCUGGAAUCAAGCGUAACUAUGUCGAUGACGACUCUGUCUACUACCUGAAGAACAUGAUUGAGUCUCGCGCAGAAGCCCAGAUCAGCUUGAUCAACUACAGGAGGGGUGGCCAACCGUUCAUGAACCUUCUCACAAUAAUUCCAAUCGCAUGGGAGCCUGGCGGCAAGAUGAAGUUCUUUGUCGGAUUUCAGGUCGAUCUAGUGGAGCAACCGGGAGCAAUGACCAACAAGAACUCGGAUGGAUCUUACCGAGUUAAUUACCAGCGCGGCAUGUCGAUGCCCAGCUAUGUCUUCAGCGACCACCACAAGCCGCAACACGCCGAGCAAGGCCAAACCAUAUCCAAAGACGAAGUAUCCAACGUCCUGGCCGCGUACAGUGGAAGCGGGGACUCUGAGAUGACGAGACGCAUCUGGGACAAGGUUCUUCUUGAAAACAGUGACGACGUUGUUCAUGUCUUGUCGCUCAAGGGACUGUUCUUGUAUCUGUCGCCCGCCAGUAACAGAAUACUCGAAUAUGACCCAAGCGAGCUUGUCGGAACAGCGCUGUCGUCUGUCUGCCACCCUAGCGACAUCGUCCCGGUUACGCGAGAACUCAAAGAAACCACAAGUGGUGCCUCAGUCAAUGUCGUCUUCCGGAUACGGCGGAAGAAGAGCGGAUACAUGUGGUUUGAAGGCCAUGGUUCGCUGCACACCGAACAAGGCAAGGGUCGCAAGUGUAUCAUCUUGGUUGGACGUGAACGACCAGUCUACACUCUCAGCAAAGCUAUCGUACGCGAGUCUGGCGGCGUUGGUGACAAUGAGCUAUGGACGAAGAUGUCUACAUCUGGCAUGUUCCUGUAUGUGUCAUCGAACGUACGUCAGCUCCUCGAUAAGCAGCCUGAAGACCUUGUCGGUACCAGCAUCCAGUCGCUCAUGCGACAGGAGUCUAAAGUGAAUUUUGGGCGUAUAUUAGAGCUUGCCAGGGGAGGCAGGAAGGGCGAGGUCAAGCACGAGAUGAUCAACAAGCGUGGUCAAGUGCUCCAGGCCUUUACGACAAUCUAUCCCGGCGAUGCAACUGAGGGACAGAAACCCACCUUUGUUGUCGGACAAACACGACUACUCAAGUACUCGCGGAACAGCAAUGCUGGUCGCCCGUCCAUGUACACCAAUUCCAAACUUGAUCGCGACUCUCACAAUUCCAUACACACGCACAUGUCAGGAGCAGCAUCACCUGCUGCAGCAUCACUGACCGGCAACACUGGCAACACUGGAUCGAACACUCCAAUGACGUCAGCCACCAAUCCUCUAUUCGUCACUACAGAAGAAUACCCGGCCACGUACGCGGGACACAACGGCCUGCAGCUUGGACACCAAGACCAGAGUCUUGCUUCCGACGAUAACGUUUUUGAUGAGCUCAAGACAACAAGAAGCACUAGCUGGCAAUAUGAGUUGCGACAAAUGGAAAAGAGAAAUCGUUAUCUAGCCGAAGAGGUACAGAGCCUGUUGGCGGCCAAGAAGAAACGGAAGCGCAGAAAGGGGGCGGGCCAGUUGCAGAAGGAUUGUGCAAACUGUCACACAAGGACAACACCGGAGUGGAGGAGAGGUCCUUCUGGAAAUCGUGACCUCUGCAACUCUUGUGGACUGAGAUGGGCCAAACAGCAAGGACGAGUUUCACCAAGAACAUCUUCUGCCGCAAGCGACAAGAGCAAGAAGAGCGCUUCACCACGCCACUUCACAUCUAACCAUCAAGGCCACCAGAACAUACUGCCACAUUCGACUUCUGAGGGUGGUCAACAGGGCUCUUCGGUGAAGGCCACUUCCAGCAAGCGGUCCCCGCAACACGGAAGCAUUAGCGAAACCCAUGCCGCAAAGGCGGCACGCAUCGAAGUAGUCAAUACGCAUGGCUUCAUUCCACCACCGGCCAUUGACGAAGUAACAGAGCCAGGCUCAGUGUGA